AUGGCAUCAUCUUCAAUAAAUCCAUCAACAAAAUCAGAUAAUAAUAAUAAUAAAAAUCAAUUAUCAGAAACUUUUAAUGAAAGUGACAAAAAUUUGUCAACAUCUUCUUCAAAUGUAGAAGAAACAAUAAACGAGCCAGGUGUUAAAAUUGUCAGAGGUCACCCUAUAGAACAAAAUAAUGAAACUUCUCCUUAUUUGAUUCAAAAACAAUAUUACUGCCCAUUAUCAGCUCCUUCGGUCAGCAAUUCUCUUCUAUCGCAUGAACCAUUAGCUAGACCAAAAAGAAGUACUGUAAAUUAUGCACGACCAUAUGAAGAAGUUCUGGUUGGACAACCAGGUACCGAUGUAUCAUCUGGAAUAUCUACAAAGUCGAAUGAGAAGAAAUCUUCAUUUACAACAAAACCUUCGUAG